GGGAUUUUUGUUGAAAGAUAAGAAUAUUUUUCAAAUAAAUCUCAUCAUGCUUUUGAAUUAUUUUUUUAAUCUUUCAUUAUAUUUUUCUAGAGAGAGGUGGUUGAAAAGGCAAUCCUGACAACUAAAUAAUAAUAGGGCAGCCGGUACUGAUAUGGAUUACCUAUUGAGACUAUAUCUUCCGAACUUAGAGAUGCCGCUAUAGUUGCUAUUUUUAAAAAGAGAGACCAGGCUCAAUAUCGAAAUUACAUACAGGAAUAUCUUUACUUGCUGUUGCGGGAAAAAUACUUGCCAGGAAAAUAUCAAAUCUUCCAAUCUUAACUCCCGGAGAGAAUCUCCCAGAGACACUGUGUGGCUUUGGACCCAACCGAGGUACAGCUGAUUUUCAGUGCAAGACAAAUGCAAGAGAAAUCCAGGGAGCAAAAUCGCCCUCUAUACAUGGCCUUCAUAGAUUUAGUUAAAGCAUUUGAAUCGGUCAAAAGAGAAGGAAGAUAUUAGCAAAUGUUGGGUGUCCGCAAAAGUACCUACAUCCAAAUACUCCGCCUGCGACAUGAUAAUAUGAAAAUCUUUUCAAAUAACUACAGUACAGCCGUUAAACAGGGCUGUGUUAUUGCAACCACUUUAUUUUCUCUAUUCAUAGGAUCCAUACUUAUGUCGAGUGUCACCUGUCAUCAGGAGUGGAAAUUCUGUAAAGACUUGAUGGCGGCGUAUUCAACCUAAACAUAUUACGAGUCAAGUCGAAAGUAUCGACGGCAUCGAAAAUUGAACUUCAAUAUGCGAAUGAUAACGUCUUGAUGGCCAAUACAAAGGACGAUCUUCAGGCAAUUAUCAAUGCAUUCAACAAGGCAUACAGGAAAAUCGGCCUAGCGGUCAACUUCAACUAGACACAGAUUCUGCACCUAUUUGCACCAGGCACUAAUUUCCAAGCCACAAAUAUAACUAUAAACUACCAUUCUUUGUAGAAGGUAGAACACUACCCAUACCUUGAAAGCCAUCUGUCAGCGAAUGCAACCACGAACGCUGAAAUCCAACAUCGCUUGAAGUGUGCUAGUGCGGCGUUCGGGCGACUUCUAGAGAGAGUUCUCAACAAUCACGACAUCAGCGCUGAGAUCAAAUUUCAUGUCUACAAUGCAGUUGUGAUACCAGCACUUACAUACGGCUGCGAAAUAUGAACCACCCACAGAAGACACAUAACAAGCCUAGAAAAAUACCACCAGCGAUGCCUAAGAAGGAUCCUACGGACAAAAUGGUAGGACCGACAAACGAACCUUACUGUCUUAGAGGAAGCCAACACAACUAUCUGGAAGCCCUCAUUAUAGAGUACCUACCAACUUCGCUGGACGAGUCACCUCGUCCGCAUGCCCGAAACACGUCUUUCACAGCAGAUUCUCUACAGUCAACUGGAAGAGGAAAAACCAAAUCAAAGAGGUCCAACAAAAACAUUACAAAGAUGUUCUUAAUAAGUCUGUUCAACCCGCCAAAAACCUGUCCUAAAAAUGGUUUCGGAACCACUCUGUAUACGAAUUUGGGAUUCUACGCACAAACUUUACGUUUUGCGCAGAAUCUGACGGUGAGAUGUACGGUUUUACGGUUCCCUGCUGGGUCGGAACAAAGCUAUCGAGAAUAUGGAAUAAUUAUAAUACCAAAAAAUGUGAUAAAUUUGGAGUUUAUAACUUGUGCCUUGCCUACACCACAAAAUAGGUAUCGAAACGCACCAACUUUUGAAUGCGGAAAAAAAAGGACCUGAGCCAAAUUGUUUUGAGAAAGCAUAAUAAUAAUCCUACCAGCAAAAUACAGCCAUAAAACUGAAAAAAAGUUAUCCUCGACAGAUUUCCCUCGGGAUUUCUCACAAUAUACAAGUGUAAUUUACAAUAUUGUUCUCGUAAAUGUCUAUGCUAAUAGUAAUGUCAAUCAUCUAAAGAAAACAGAAAAAUGGGGACGAACAUCUACAAGAAAAACACCAAGAAUCACUGAACUGCAAUCUCAGAAAAACAAAAUAAUAAUAAUUCCAAAACGAUGGUGUAGAUCCAGACAAAGUUCAUUUUUGUUAUGCUGAUGAAGCUACAACGUAGCAAAAAAAAUUCAAUUAUUUUAAGUACGUUUUUAUUUAACAAAUCUUGUUGUUGAUGUUUAAUAGUAGGUAUAAAACAUUUUUUUCUACGCAAAAGAGAGAAAUAAUCUGUUGAAUUACGUAGGGUUGUUUCAGAGCUGGCGUCAAAUUCAUAUUCUAUUGAAACAUCCAGUAUUAUAAAAUCCCAUCAAAUGUAAAUGACAUUAAAAUUCUUGUCGAGAGUUAAGUGUUGUAAUUAUAGAAUUAUCAAGCAUAAAGACUUCCAUUUUAUUAAUUGUUAUGCAUCUUUAACAUUUAAUAUGAGCUGACGUCAUUUUAUUUUAUUUUUUACAGUUGUUAGGAAACCGAUGUGCAAGCAAUGUUUUGGUAUAGUGUCGCGAUAAUCUGGGCCAGUUGGUAUGCUGAUUGUGUUUCGUGUUUAUUGCAUGCGAACAAUGUUUGCCGGCAAUUGAGAGAUUACAGCACAAUUGAGACUAAUACGAAUUGCAGUUAUAAUCCAGAUGUUGGAUCUACACCAAGACUUAUUGCCAAACGCUACGGGUAUCCAUUUGAGAACCAUGAAGUGACAACCCACGAUGGAUACAUUUUGAAUCUACACAGAGUACCUGGACCAAGGAACACCAUUUCGAAAAAUGGCAAAAAGAGGACACCUAUAUUCAUUGUCCAUGGAUUGGCUGCUAAUUCAGCGUUUUCGUUCAUGCAAGGAAAAAAAUCGAUAGCAUUUUACUUGGCCGAUAGCGGCUUUGAUGUAUGGUCAGGAAACUUGAGGGGUAACACUUACGCCAAUAAACAUAUAAAUGGAACAGUUUCCAAUGCAGAGUAUUGGGAUUUCGGAAUUGAAGACAUCGCUCUCAACGACCUUCCAGCCAGUAUAGAUUACAUAGCGUGCCAAAUAGGUGAAAAAGGAAAUCUGAUAUAUAUCGGACACUCCAUGGGGACCACCGUUUCUUACAUUUAUUCGACGUUAAUGAGGAAACACGCCGGGGAAAAUUUGAAAGCAAUCAUAUCGAUGGCUCCUGUUGCUUACAUGACCAAUACACAGGGAUUAUUUAAGACGUUAGCGCCUAGUACAGAACUUUUAACGGGCAUUUUAAAAUCAAAUGGCAUCUACUACAUUGGUCAAUUUCCUUUUACCUUCCCAGUUAUCAGCGAUUUAUGUGGAAAAUAUCCUUUUAUAAACUUAUGCAAUUUGGUUACAAUUCUUGCAGGUGGAUAUUCAGAAUCCCAAUUUCAGGCAGAAAUCUUACCAGUUUUCUGGAGCUUCUACCCGUCACCAAUCAGUCUAGGAAUUCUCCAGCAUUUUUCUCAAUUUUCUGGAGGUAGAUUUGCUAGGAGGGACUAUGGUCCGUCUGGAAAUAUGGAUAGGUACGGCAGUGAUAUACCUCCUGAAUAUGAUGUUAGCCAGAUACCAGUUCCAGUCCAUUUGUUUGUUGGUCAAUAUGAUGCUAUUGCCACUUUAAAGGAUGCCGAACAUUUGGAAUCUAAAAUUAAUUCUGGAUCAGCAGUAGCAAAAGCGAAAUUAUAUAUGUUUCCAUAUGAUCAUAAUAAUUUCUAUACGGCAAAAAUAUCGAAGCCUCUAUUCAAAACUAUCGUGCAAAUUGCUCGGACGUAGCUGUACCUACCUCUAUAUAGUUCCUUAGUGCUUCAUUAAAAGGGUGCCGGAGAUCUGGAAGAAAAAAUCAAUUCUCCUGAUACUACAAAGCAUCUAUUUGACGUUGCUCAACAAGAUUUUCUUAUUGCCAAAUAUCCAAUUGCGUUUUACAAAGAAAUUUUCAACGUAAUUGAAUCGAUCCACUGCUUUUUAAGUGAAUAUUUCUGUAUAUCUCACGUUGAAACAGUGAAAAGCUGUGAUUAGUUAGUUUUUUGUAUUUUUGUUGAGCUUUUGCCGUUGUUAUCUGCUUUUUUUUUUGUUCAAUAUUUUUACUAAAUAAAAUUAGGCGUGACAUUUUUCACAUGUUUUAUUUUUCACCUAACC